CGACGACUCGGGGAAACUCUUUCGGCGAGAGGAGGUUCAAGAUCUCGAGUUGCUGGGACCGAAAAGGCUUCAGUGAAUGGCGCGAUUGGGAGCCUGGGCCGGCGGGAGCCGCCGCGCGGCUGCUCUUUCAACAGGCGAUUUGUUCUCCUGCCUGUGGCUCAUUUCCAUGCAAAGAGCCUGACAUCAGAGCACCUUUUGUUGCUAAACGCUUUCUUUCGCGUCGAGGGGAGAGAGUCAUGUGGAGCUGGAAGAGCUCAUUUUCGAGAGAGGGGUCCCGAGGCGCGCCCGCCCAGGGGCAGAGGCCCCGCGCUCAGCCCAGCGGGGCCCUGCCCAGACUUGCUGGAAGGGACGAGUCGAGCGCCUUCGCCAGCCCGUCCCGGUCCCAGGAAGAACCGCCUUUGCAGCGGCUUUAACUGCCGCGGGGCCGCGGCGCUCCCCGCCGAACCACUCGGUGGUGCGGACUUUGCCUCCUGCUACCCCGCGGCCGCGCCGAGCCGGGCUGACAAAGUUUCUGGAGUUGUCAGUAGCGCGGCCCGCUGCCGCCUAGGGCCGAGGUGCGGGCGCCUGCGAGGGUGCCCCCGCGGGGUCGCCGGGGCGGCCGGGGCAUGCGGCGCGGGGGCGCGGCUCGCUGACGCGGCGGGCGGGGACCGGCGCCGGGGGGCCGGCCGCGCGCUGGUGCGGAGCGAGGGCGCCCGGGGGGACCCGACCCGGACGCACCGCCGGCGAGCGCGCGCGCGGGACGCGGCCAUGGAGGACGCGGGAGCAGCCGGCCCCGGGCCGGAGCCCGAACCCGAGCCGGAGCCCGAACCCGAGCCGGAGCCCGAACCCGAGCCGGAGCCCGAGGGGGGCGCUGGCAUGUCCGAGGCGUUCUCCCGGCUCUGGACCGACGUGAUGGGCAUCCUGGACGGCUCGCUGGGAAACAUCGAUGACCUGGCACAGCAGUAUGCAGAUUAUUACAACACCUGUUUCUCCGAUGUGUGUGAGAGGAUGGAGGAGCUCCGGAAGCGGCGGGUUUCCCAGGACUUGGAUGUGGAGAAACCUGAUGCCAGCCCCACGUCACUUCAGCUGCGGUCCCAGAUCGAAGAGUCCCUUGGCUUCUGCAGCGCCGUGUCAACACCAGAGGUGGAAAGAAAGAACACUCUUCCUAAGUCAAACUCAGAAGACAGCUCUGUAGGAAAAGGAGAUUGGAAGAAGAAAAAUAAGUAUUUCUGGCAGAACUUCCGAAAGAACCAGAAAGGAAUAAUGAGACAGACUUCAAAAGAAGGACACAGAGGACCAUCAGCCGAAGGAGCCUUGGAAUGCUUGUCUGCUCUAGGAGAAGAUGUGGGCUAUGUUGCAAGCGAGAUAACAAUGAGUGACGAGGAACGGAUUCAGCUGAUGAUGAUGGUUAAAGAGAAGAUGAUCACCAUUGAGGAAGCACUCGCGAGGCUCAAGGAGUAUGAGGCCCAGCACCGGCAGUCAGCGGCCUUGGACCCUGCCGACUGGCCAGACGGUUCUUACCCAACAUUCGAUGGCUCGUCAAACUGCAAUUCAAGAGAACAAUCAGAUGAGGAGACCGAGGAAUCGGUGAAGUUUAAGAGGUUACACAAGCUGGUCAACUCCACUCGCAGAGUGAGAAAGAAACUGAUCAGAGUGGAAGAAAUGAGAAAGCCGAGCACGGAAGGCGGGGAGGAGCACGUGUUUGAGAACUCCCCAGGCCUCGAUGAAAGGUCCGCCCUUUACUCCGGAGUGCACAAGAAGCCAUUUUUCUUUGAUGGCUCUCCUGAGAAGCCUCCAGAAGAUGAUUCCGACUCUCUCACCACAUCUCCAUCAUCCAGCAGCCUGGAUACCUGGGGGGCUGGCCGGAAGCUGGUCAAAACCUUCAGCAAAGGAGAGAGUCGGGGCCUGAUUAAGCCCCCGAAGAAGAUGGGGACGUUCUUCUCCUAUCCCGAAGAAGAAAAGGCCCAGAAGGUUUCCCGCUCCCUGACUGAGGGGGAGAUGAAGAAAGGGCUCGGGUCCCUGAGCCACGGGGUAAGUACCGACGGCGUCCGCCUCUGUGACAGCCACCGGCGCCGGCACCACCUUCUGGUGUCCCUGGAAGAGGUUCAGAGUGUCCGCAAGCAGAUCCGCUUGAAGAAAACGGAUACUAAUUAUUCGUGUUCCCGAGCUCUUCUCUGCCAGCGUCCCUCCAGGAGAGGAGUCCACAGCAGCACGUGUGAGCUGCAGCUGCUCCGGCAGAAACCCAAAGGGGGCGGGGGCUGUGGCGCCCCCAGCAGGCGGGCGCGCGGGCGUCCCGCGGUCAGCGAGUUCAAUAUCACCUACGUGGUGGAGCGGAGCCUGUACAGCCACCUGAACCUGACCCAGCUAGUGCGGCCGGCCUCAGACAGGACCCUGAGCAAGGCCGAGAGGCAGGACCUGAGGCGCUGCUUGCUGGAGGAGGACGAGGAGACAAAGAGGAAGUGGGCCGCCACGGUCGACCGCUGCACUAAAAGGGUUCUCUUGAGAAUCCACCAGAAGUCUAGAACCUGCAGUUUUGGAGGAUUUGACUUGACGAACCGUUCUCUACACAUCGGCAGCAACAAUUCUGACCCAAUGAGUAAAGAAGGAGAUUUUGUGUACAAGGAAGUUAUCAAAUCACCCACUGCCUCCCGCAUCUCUCUUGGGAAAAAGGUGAAAUCAGUGAAAGAGACAAUGAGGAAGAGGAUGUCUAAAAAAUAUAGCAGCUCAGUCUCUGAACAGGACUCGGGCCUCGACGGCAUGCCUGGCUCCCCUCCACCUUCACAGCCGGACGGUGAACACAUGGACAAGCCCAAGCUCAAAGCCGGAGGGUCCGUGGAAAGUCUGCGCAGUUCUCUGAGCGGGCAGAGCUCAAUGAGUGGUCAGACAGUAAGUACCACUGAUUCCUCGACCAGCAACAGGGAAAGCGUCAAGUCGGAAGACGGUGAUGACGAGGAGCCUCCCUACCGGGGUCCGUUCUGUGGGCGCGCCAGGGUACACACCGACUUCACGCCUAGUCCCUAUGACACGGACUCACUCAAGCUCAAGAAAGGAGACAUCAUCGAUAUAAUCAGCAAGCCACCCAUGGGCACCUGGAUGGGUCUGUUGAAUAACAAGGUCGGCACAUUCAAGUUCAUCUACGUAGAUGUGCUAAAUGAGGAAGAAGAAAAGCCUAAGCGCCCCACCAGGAGGAGGAGGAAAGGAAGACCACCCCAGCCCAAAUCUGUGGAAGAUCUUCUGGAUCGGAUCAACCUGAAAGAGCACAUGCCCACUUUCCUGUUCAAUGGGUACGAAGACCUGGACACAUUUAAGCUCCUGGAGGAGGAGGACUUGGAUGAGUUAAAUAUCAGGGACCCGGAGCACAGGGCUGUUCUCCUGACAGCAGUGGAGCUGUUGCAGGAAUAUGAUAGUAACAGCGACCAGUCAGGAUCCCAGGAGAAACUGUUGGUGGACAGCCAGGGCCUGAGCGGAUGCUCUCCACGAGACUCAGGAUGCUACGAAAGCAGUGAGAACCUGGAACACGGCAAGAGUCGGAAGACUGGCCUUCUCUCUGUCAAGUCGUCAACGGAGUCCAGCUUAAAGUCAUUCAACAGGAAUCAGCUGGGCCACUACCCAACGCUGCCUUUAACAAAGUCGGCCGAUGCACUGAAGCAGGGGGAGGAGAGCAGGCUGGGCAGCGGCCUUACCCCUCGAGCUUCCAAGUGCUGUGACCAGCCGUGUGGGACUGGUCCGAACAAAAACCGAAGAAGCCUCCCUGUUUCCAUCUGUCGGAGCUGCGAGACCCUGGACGGCCCUCAGGCUGUGGAAGCUUGGCCUCGAUCCCACUCCCUGGAUGACCUUCAAGGAGAGCCUGCUGCUGAGAAGGAUGUGCCUGGCGAGGUGACAGACCCCUGCCCUCAGACUGUACCACAAGUGCCACAAAAGACAACCCCCUCCAUCGCAAAGGUUCAAAGCCCCAAACGAGACCCUGCUGUUGACAAUGCACUGCUACUGACCCAAAGCAAGAGAUGUUCUGAACCUCAGAAGCCAGCGACUAGGAAACUGGAAGGCUCCACAGCACCCUCGCCCUGUGGUGCAUCCCCUCCUCCGUGUCUGCCCAAAACCUAUGAUGCCCAACAUCCCGGAGUCAAACCCAGUUUAACAAGGAUGCCUCUUGAGGGCCACAGGAAAGGCCUCGAUUUUGAAGGAACGUAUCACCCCCCGGGCACCAAAGAAGGCCUAGCUGCUGAGCAGAGGGGCCCCGAGACAAGAGCACAGGCCAAGCAUCCGGCCCAGCCUCCACCUGUUCCUGCCAAGAAGAGCCGAGAGCGCCUGGCCAAUGGACUCCACCCGAGCCCCCCCGGCCCCGAUGCCCCAAGCCUGCCUGCGAAAAAGGGCAGCCCCAGUGACUGUCACCCACCUCAGGCUUCCAGGCCUCCCUCAGGACAGGAGCCUGGCAGCCCCCCGAGCGCUAGACCACCGCCCUGGCUCUCCGAGCUCCCAGAGAGCACAAGCCUCCAGGAGCACGGUGUGAAGCUGGGCCCAGCUCUGACCAGGAAGAUCUCCUGCGCUCGGGGAGUCGAUCUGGAAAUGCUCACGGAAAACAAGUUACAAGCUGAAGGCAUCGAUCUCACUGAGGAGCCAUACUCUGAUAAGCAUGGCCGCUGUGGGAUCCCUGAAGCCCUGGUGCAGAGAUACGCCGAGGACUUAGAUCAGCCCGAGAGGGACAUCGCCACCCACAUGGACCAGAUCCGCGUGAAGCUUCUGCGGAAGCAGCACCGCAUGGCGAUCCCAAGUGGUGGACUCACAGAAAUCUGUAGAAAGCCCCUCUCUCCCGGAUGCGUUUCGUCUGUGUCAGAUUGGCUGGUUUCCAUCGGUCUGCCCAUGUACACCAGCGCCCUCACCGAAGCCGGGUUCAGCACACUGGGCCAAGUGCCUUCUCUGUCCCACAUUUGCCUUCAGGAGGCCGGCAUCACAGAGGAGAGACACAUUAGCAAGCUCGUGUCUGCAGCCAGACUCUUCAAACUGCCACCAGGCCCCGAGGCCAUGUAGCCAGGCCCAAAAUGGAGCUCCCUGGACCAGAGCCACCCUUUCACUGUGCUUAUGCUAAUGCAAUUCCUCCUCCUCGGGACAUGCAGACCAGAUCCAGAAGAAAGGCCUAGUGUAUGGCCACACAGAGCGUGAAACCUUGGCGCAGGACUGAUGACCCUCUCUUCUCCAGAAAAGCCCCCUCGAGGAAACUGGUGUGGUUUUCUUUGACCCCCAAAGAAAAGACAAGCACUUAUUUUUAUUUUCAGAACACAAAAGGACCAGGAAGCCAACUUGCCACACAUGCUGUGCCUCCAGUCUAUCUUGGUGUGCUGGGAAGGCUGGGAGCAGAGGGAGGGGCAGCCUGUUUCGUUUCUGAGAACGCCCUUGCCCUUCUGUCUGUUGCCCUGCAGGACACCUGAGGGCCAGACGGGCUUUAGCUAGGCCAAAGUAACAGACUCGGGAGUUCACUGUACACUAUUGACCAUGCCUGUUUGUUCAAAAGUAAGAAAAUCUGGCUGCACUAGGGAAAAAAAAAAAAAAUCCUAUUCUCCUUUAAGUAAACAAGAGACAUUUUAAUAAUUGCUUUCUAGCAAUCAGCUUUUAUUUGCCUUAAUAUAAGCUUUGAAGCAGUUAUCCUAGUGUUAACUACCCAGUAACCAUAGUUUCCAAUCUUCAGCUUAGACUGCCAUCUAACAUAUGUGAGAUGUUUUCAGCAAAAAACAAAAAUGGGCUUUUCUAAUUGCCUCACUCUAACAUGGCUUAUUUUGUAGGGGUGUUUAUCAGGCACAAAGUUCAUGUUGGCUUUCAGUUUUUACACUAACUACAAAUCCAGUAAAAAGCUAUCUGAAAUUCAGAGAUGGGGUGUGUACGUGAGUGUGCGUGCACGUGUGGGUGAGCGUGCGUGUGUGUGUGUAUAGCAACUACCUUCACUUUAAUCAGUUUAGUUUUGUUUACCACGUUGGUCAUCGUACUGCAGUAUUGACUUGGACUCCUGACCACGUCCAUCCCCAAAUCGGCUAACAGAUCAGCUUUGCAAAGUCACUGGAAGGUUGACUAUUUCAGAAAGAUGUUUUUAAAAAGGGAAGCAGUUUGUAAGCUAUUUAAAAAUUUUUUUUUCUAAUUUUUAUAACUCAGAUACCAUUUUCCUUCCUUAUUGAGAAUAUUCUUUUAAUUUGGAUAAAAGUUCAUUUUGGAGCCAGAUAAACCACGUUAGCUACGUAUUAAGUAUUUGCAUAUUUUCAAUUGUUUUCCAACUGAUUGUAGCGUUUUCCAUCCUUUUUUUAGUGUGGUGUCUGAUUUUUCUAGCACAUAGAAAUUUAGGCAACUAAAUUAAGGUUUCUGUUGCUUACUAAAUGAAUUUCCUUUACAUUCUUAAUCAUGAGAACUAUUUUAAGCACUGAAUGCGAUCAUUUACAAUAGAAACACUUUGAACACAAAGCCUUGAUCAAAAGCUCUUAUUAAACAUUUCAUCUGCUCAUUAAAACAAUU